GAACGUUUGUCUCCGCUUUCACUGUGCUGUGCGGAGCGCGGACCGACCUCCCUGACAGGCACAAGUGCUGUGUCUUUUGGCUGAACAUUGCUGCUGCCCUGAUCCAGAUCCUGACAGCGAUCGUGAUGGUUGGCUGGAUUAUGAGUAUAUUUUGGGGGAUGGACAUGGUCAUUCUUGCAAUUUCACAAGGCUACAAGGAACAGGGGAUCCCACAGCAGCUGUAG